AUGAGCAAAACUGUCGUUGACCAAACCAAAAAGAACAACGACCCCAAUCAAGAAAAGAAAGACGAGCACGUCCAAGCUGGCAACAAGGCAACUUCGGCUGAGGGCAGAGACCAUCCUGCGAAACAGCCUGAUCCGCAGAAGGCUCCGGAGAGGUCAACAGGAUUUGAGACCGAAGGUCCUGAUGGAAACUCGGGUGAAGGAGAGGACACCGGGCAUGUGCAUAAGCAAGAGAAGCCUCCACUGACAAAAUAA